AUGGCUGCCAUUUACAUUCGCGUUUUGAUCCUAUUGCUGACUUUCAGCGUCCUUGAAGCGCGGAACAUUGUUAAGAGAAGUAAUGCAUACGGAGACGAAGCUGUAGUACCGCCACCUGCGCCAGCAGCAGCAGCGCCAGCAGCAGCAGCGCCAGCAGCAGCGCCAGCAGAAGGAGCAGCAGCGCCAGCUGCAGCUCCUCCCGCUGUGGAGGCAGCUCCUCCACCAGCACCUCCAGAGCAGCCACCUGCAGUAGUCGAGCAAGCACCUCCCGCCGAAGCACCGCCGAAAGCCGAACCGAGCGGAUACCGUGCUUGA